UACGUUCAGGUCUUUGUUUUCAUGGACGGGAUGUGACAGUCGGAAUAACGGCUAUUUCUUUUGUAACGGGGUGGGUAUAAACUUGGGGCCAUAUCGGGUCACACGUUAGUUUGAGCCACACAGCUAAGACCGGUCACACGCACUCAGCAAGGCUAAUACAUCAGGAUCAUGUGUUCAUGGUCUUAUGAAUCACUGAAGAAAGCGCAAAUCUGAAAUGAAUUAUUGGAAAACGUAGUUGCGCGUAUGUUGACAUACAUGUAGACUUUUGCCGGUGUGGAGUUCCAUAGCGUUAUCGAUUUAUAUAACGGACCAGGGAAACUGAGGCAGCAAAACGGCGCUAUCGACCUGUGCUUAGCGAUACCACGAUGGUUCGCAGCUACCACCAGACUACACAGCUCCUCCAUAAUGGUUUUGAGGAGCAAUGGACAUGGAAUAAAAAAGAUAAAUCCCACGAAGUUCGUUUAUACGGGACUAAAUUCCAAACAGCACAUUUCCAUCCGAACUGGUCAAAUGGAACCGCAGGAGUUCGGGGCUCGCAAGUUCUUAACUACGGGAGACAUUACUGGGAAAUCAAAGUGUCUCAGAGAAUAUUUGGAACCAGUAUGAUGUUCGGUGUGGGCACUAGACGUGCCCGGUUACAUGUUGAUGCCUUUGUGAACAUGUUAGGGGAGGAUGGCCAGAGCUGGGGACUGUCACAUAAAGGUCUUUUAUGGCAUAACGGACGCUGGAGACAAUACACCACGCCCUUCAAGGAGAACGAAGCCACUGUGAUCGGGAUGCUGUUCGACGGAAACGAAGGGACGCUCAGUUUCUUCAAAGACGGAGCAUAUCUCGGAGUGGCAUUUUCAGGUCUUAAUGAAAUUGAAGAAGACCUUUUUCCAAUUGUGUGUUCGACAGCCGCUAAGACGGAGAUGACAUUGGGCGUAAGGAGACGGGGAUACGUCAGCUUACAGGACCGAUGCAGAGCUACCAUUCUAUCUAAAGUGAAACAGAACAAUGAUAUUGACAACCUUCCCCUCCCGAGUCGCAUCAAGUCGUUCCUCAAAGAUGUAGCGAAGUGACAUUGCCAGCGGUGCCAUGAUAGAAAUGAACUUUUGUAUUGAGAACGGUAUGUAAUGUGCGAGUUGAACGAGAGAAUUACUUGGUGCUAUGUAAAUCGUUAAUGCCAGAUUCAUCAGAAAACACGGUCAAAACUUGUCUUUAUGAUUAAUUUAUAGAUUCCGUUUUCUAUUUAUUGGAUAUGCCUUAUCCUGUUUAGUUUUGAAUUAUUUUUAUCUGUGGAUUUUGUAUUAUGUACCGUAAAUGGUUUUCCAUUUCAAUAUGGCGACACUUCCCAUCACCAUAACUGCAGGCUGCUGCUUUGGUAUACAGAUAUGAAAUAUUAAUUAUGUAAAUUCAAUUUGGAGCGUCAGCCCUGUACCCAUAUAUAGCCACAAGGCUUGUUUAUCCAUAAUUUAUUAUCUUGUCAUCUAUCGCAUUCCAAAUCCAGCCAAGCAUGACGAUAAUGAAUUGACCAACACUGUUACUUUUCUCUGGUUUUCUGUUGAAACAAAAUUGAAAAUUAAUCGAAAAAAAAAUAUAUAUACAAAAUUACCCAUUUUUUGAGGUUUGAAUAUUUCUCUGAUUGGAAGAAUCGGAAUUCCCUGAUUCAUUAAUAUGUAAAUGUUUAUUGGUGAAUAAUGGUGUCCCUACAAAGCAGCAGGAUUAUCGAUCUCGCGUAUAACAGUAUACGUCUAAUUUUAGCCGUGGCCCCAGUUCGUGUUUGCUUUGUGUGAUUCAGACGUUAUUAUCGAAAAAUUCAAUAAUUUGAGGCCCCCAAGGGGAAACUUAUUUCGCUGAUCCGGUAACUGAUAUAAUGGAACAUCUGUUUCCAUUGAUCACACUUUAUCAUCUGGGUUUCAACCUUUGUCAAACGACUUAGUCACAACGUCAAUAAUUAUACUGACUAUGCUAUGAUAAAUGUCAUGUUUUUUACACAUUGUUUCUUCAGCACAUUUAUUGCGUGUUUAUGUCGCACGAAUGAGCGAUUUUUUGAAGGUUUUGAAUGUUAUUUAUUUUGUUAUUUUUUUUAAUAAUAUGCACGUGCAUUUUAAAAUGUCGUCUUACGAACAAAAAUCUCAAACCAUGCCAUCUGCAAUUGGCUGGUUUAUGGAUGAGUCUCCUAGUCAAGACUUGUAAAUAUGUGUACAUUAUUUAUACAGUAUAAUAUAUAUAACAAAGGGCGUGUAUGUCCAUAUUUAGAAUAGUUAAUAAUUCACAUGUAUAUAAAUAGCACCCAGAUGUAGAAGGAUCGAAUGUCUCGCUAACACGGAUCUGUUGAAAUCCUAACCUGUACAUUAGAAAUUUAGCACGUAAGUUUAAUAUCGCAUUGAACUGACCAAUUUGUACAUACGUUUUAUGUCACAUUGAACUGACCAAUUUGUACGUAAGUUUUAUAUCACAUUGAACUGACCAAUUUGUUUAUUUACUAUAAUUAUUCAAUUGUUCCCUGUAACAAGUAAUAAAGCGGCAUCAUCAGAUUUCUUUUCACCAAGAACACACAUUAUUUUACACCUCGUGUCUUGCAUUGGUUUGCAUUUAAUAAUUUCAUUUGGCAAGCCAGGGCAUUGAUCAUCAGCAUGGUCGUACGUCUCUGGGCGAGUGGGUUUUUACAAUUAAAUUUUAGACGUAUAUCAAAAGGAAUGGAAACCAAUGCAAGUUAAACUACGACCCUUAGACUUGUACAUGUCCCGACUUCAGCGUCCGUUUAUAAUUCAGAUAUAAAUUACAUAUCAUAAUUCUCUAACCAAAACGGGAACAAGUACCCAAGACCAGGAGGCGGAUACAGAAGCUGGAUGGUACAUGUUUAGGGUUGUCAGAGCUGUGUAGAUUAGAACGGUGGCGGUACAUAUAUAUACAUGUAGUAUUAGAAAGGUUCUUACAACAGGAAUCAGACUAUUAUAUUAACUGGUGUUAGUCCACGUAUAUAACCCGGUUUAUAUUCCGUCACAUCACGGAAUCGUAGUUAGACAAGGACAGCGUAGUACUGUGACAUUUAAAACAUUUAAUAUAAUGCCUGGUCCCUGUGUACAUCUAUGUGGUGGAGGUAGUUGUAGUACAGUACAUCAUAGGGGCCUGAUAUUUUGUUACAGUCUGCGCGUGUUUUGACAUACCCUAGUUGUAAAUAAAAAGUCAUAGACAGUAACAAAUCCUCUGGCCCCUGUGUCGUAAACCUGUUGUGUGGGUGGAGGUUGUUGUGGUGUUGUGGGAUGGAGGCAAGCGUGGUGUUGUGAGGACGAGGUGGGUAUUGUGUUGUAGGGUGGAGGAGGUAGGUAUAAUGUUGUAGGGUUGAGGUAGGUGUUGUGCUGUGUGGUGGAGGUAGGUAUACUGUUGUAGGGUCGGGGUAGGUGUUGUGCUGUGUGGUGGAGGUAGACGUGAUGUUGUGGGGUUGAGGUAGGCGUGAUGUUGUGGGGUUGAGGUAGGCGUGAUGUUGUGGGGUUGAGGUAGGUGUGGUGUUGUGGGGUGGAGGUAGGCGUGAUGUUGUGGGGUUGAGGUAGGCGUGAUGUUGUGAGGUGGAGGUAGGCGUGAUGUUGUGGGGUUGAGGUAGACGUGAUGUUGUGAGGUGGAGGUAGGCGUGAUAUUGUAGGGUGGAGGUAGGCGUGAUGUUGUGGGGUGGAGGUAGGCGUGAUGUUGUGGGGUGGAGGUAGGCCUGAUGUUGUGGGGUGGAGGUAGGCGUGAUGUUGUGGGGUUGAGGUAGGCCUGAUGUUUGAGGUGGAGGUAGGCGUGAUGUUGUGGGGUUGAGGUAGACGUGAUGUUGUGAGGUGGAGGUAGGCGUGAUAUUGUAGGGUGGAGGUAGGCGUGAUGUUGUGGGGUGGAGGUAGGCGUGAUGUUGUGGGGUUGAGGUAGGCGUGAUGUUGUGAGGUUGAGGUAGGCGUGAUGUUGUGGGGUUGGGGUAGGCGUGAUGUUGUGGGGUGGAGGUAGGCGUGAUGUUGUCGGGUUGAGGUAGGCGUGAUGUUGUGAGGUUGAGGUAGGCGUGAUGUUGUGGGGUGGAGGUAGGCGUGAUGUUGUGGGGUUGAGGUAGGCGUGAUGUUGUGGGGUGGAGGUAGACGUGAUGUUGUGGGAUUGAGGUAGGUGUGAUGUUGUGGGGUUGAGGUAGACGUGAUGUUGUGAGGUUGAGGUAGGCGUGAUGUUGUGGGGUGGAGGUAGGCGUGAUGUUGUGGGGUUGAAGUAGGUUGCAUGGUACAUGUAUUAUAGGUUAGAUAUUAACAUGUAGUUAUGUAGUCCUAAUUUCCUAUGGCCCUGACACCAGACAUAGUGUCAGGGCCAAAGGAAAAUCGGGUUAAUAUUUAUGAUGUAUGGAAUGCUCGAUACGUAGAGUUUACUGUAGUCAUUAGUUUGUGAAAAUUGACAGAUGGUGUCGUAUCUUAUCGUGUUGUACUCUAGUGAUUGAUGAAACAAAACAAUGCACGCGAGGACAAAGUACUGAGAACAAAGCACUGUCUGAGGACAAACUGCAUGCACACAUUUUAUUUUUAACUCAGCAGGUUCCCAAUCUCACUAUGCACACACGUGAAGAUGAAAUCUGGUGACCAACCGUUUUGAUACUGAUUUUAUAUUCGUCCAAACGAACAUCUCUCGAUCACAUCUUAAAUCAAACAAAUUGGUUAGUUACAUUUUGUUGUAUGUUUUGUAAUAUGCAAAGUUGGAAUUCCUCAAAAUUAUAUAUCUAAAAUGGUAUUAUAUUAUAGGAUUAGAUGAUGCAUUAACGUAUAUUUGCGAUCUGAAAGCGUGUACAUAUGUGACGUGUGAGCGCGUGCGUGCGUGAUGACGUGUGUAGGAUGUAGACAAUGGAUAGAACAAUUAGGCUGGGUCCUAUGUGCAAUAGUUACUAUCCUCCAAUGACUGUGGCCUGCUCCACGUGUCCAGCACGUGGUCAGUUCGGCUGCAGUCUGCGAGUUUUCAAAGUGAUCUCAUAAUCUUGUGUAUAUAUACAAUCUAAAUAUUAGUGAUUUCUAUGACGUCAUUAUCUGUGUGAUAAAACAAUGUCUGUAUGGAAUAGAUAUAGUGCACCAUGUUAUUUUGUAAUGUAUACUAUUAUAUCUUUAUUUAAUGCUUUUCUAGGUGCAAUAUUAGUUGGUAUACCGUAGGUUUAGUAUGGGGACGUAAGGAACAAUGCUGGGUGGGAUGUGUCGUUAGUCAAUGCUUCCUUCUCGGUAUUUUUCCGACACGUGUCAAUAUCACACCCUUUUUUAAGUAAUGUCCAGCAGGAUAUGUCAGAUUUUUGUGUUUGUCUAAAUAAUCUAGUGUCCACAGAUUAUGGCGGUAAUGACCCGUCCAUACUAGAGAUCACCAUGACGUGACGUUUAUUUUGGGUAUAUUUACUGUAAGAUUGUGUUUUAUGGAUUGUUGACUUGAUGUAGCCCACGCGAUGUCCGUGUAUCUUUUUACCUAUGUCAAUGUGUUUACUUUGAUCAAGGUAUUAGACUGAGUUUAUAUCAUGUUGGUAAUACUAUUUACGGUAGUAUCUAUUUUAUCUUCAAUCUACGAGCUUUUACAAGCCGUUAGCAUUAUAUUUUUGUUGUUAUGAACAUUAUGAUAUAUUAUAUGAAGUUAUUCCUAAAUGACGGCAAUCUCAUUGUAUACGAACAAAAUAGCACAGGCUUAAUUUAUUAAUGUUGUUAAUAUUAUUUCAAUUUUGUUGUCCAGUUUAUUUAUUUUUAGGUAAUUUAGUUUUAUUUAAUAAUAUAUUGACUAUAGAUGUAUGUUGACCUAUAGACCGUGUGAAUAAGCAUAAGAACAUUGUAUAAAAGUUUGUGUGUUUACGGAGUGUGGAACGUAUACAUGUGUCGCGUAUCCCUACGUGGUUAUACACGGUAAAUAUUAGUGUGAAAUGUUGAUAUGUCUGUGGUAUGUAUUAAGGGCGUAUGUGUUUGAACAUUCAGCUGGUAAUUUGGAAAUAUGACGUGAGAAAGAUUUGCAUUCCUUUAUUUUGCGAGUGUAUUUGUAAAUGAAACUAAUAUACACGUACGUAAAUUUAAAUUAAAAAGAUGAAUUAAAAUUUAAAUGAU